CAAGAAGAUGGUUAGGUUGGUCAGUUGUCUAGUAUUUUUUUUCUCCCACCAAACAAAACACUGAGCCGGACAGGCGAGAAAGCCUCCAUCAUGGCGUCGUGUGCUACGGAAUCGUCUAGCUCUUCUUUAUUAGAGAAAAUUGAAAGCUUUCUCAAUGACUCCCAGUACAGAGAGACAGUGGAGAGCUCCGUCAACUACAACACCCGGUUAUGCAUCGAAAGAAGACUGCGAAUGCCGUUCUUGGAUUCUCAAACAGGCGUGGCACAAAACCAUUCCAAUCUAUUCAUGACAUCCCGACAUCGUCUUCCUGGAUUCUUGCAAGGUCAAAUCUACACCUAUCCAUCCAAGCGCUGGAGGAAAAAGCGAAGGCAAUACCUUUCACAUUUUCUUCAACCACGUCGUGGUACAGUUAUGCCUGCUAAGGAGGCUGGAGAUGAGGCAGGAGAGCAUUUCCACACCAUUAGCACGGUAGAAAAUCCUGCUGCAGUUUCUGUGAAUGAUGAGGCAAGCAAAGACAGUAUCAAAGAAGAUCCAAAGGAAUGGUACAUCAAUGAAGAUGAUAUCUACGACAUGGAUGGAUUUGAUGAACCUGAUCCUGAUUCCGAUUAUGAUUAUGAAGAGUCCUACAGGAAAAAAAAGAAAAGAAAUUCUAAACCUGCCAGAGGAUCUACAACAGAUUCACCUCACAACAAAAAAGCCAAGCCAGUUGGUCGAGGUAGGAAGAAAACACCAACUGUGUAUCCGGAUCCAUCGGACCCUGAGAAGCCUUUCGGCUGUGAUAUUUGCGGGGCCAGGUACAAGACGCGGCCGGGACUAACUUACCACUUCACCCAUUCGCACAAGAACAAAGAUCACGAUGAGGAAGAGGCUAGUCCCGCUGGGUCAGGCUCGGCCAUGGGCUCAACCAUGGGCUCGGGCACACCGGGUCCUAUGUCAGGGUCCCCCUCAAGUGCCGCUAGUGUAAGCCAAGGCCCUGGAGGGGGGCCUGGCGGCCCUGGAGGCCCUGCAGGCCCUGGAGGCCCUGGAGGCCCUGGAGGUGAUUCGCCACUUCAGCCUCCGACCACGCCGGGCUCUGCCAGCAACGGGGAUCCACAGAAAGGCCAUGCUGCGGACGGACCAGGGAGCGCCGCCUGGAACAAAUUCCAGGACUCGUAUCUCUCCUUCCUAAAAUCCCCUGAGGGUAGCCCAAAAAAGGCUAAAGGUGCACCUGGAAUUAAAUCAACACCUUCAUCAGCUGGUCACUCCAGGCCCACUACACCAGCUGGAGAGGAGACUGAUCCCAAUGUAGAGAGGAAGAUGGGAAACGAGCUGGGAGGGCUGGCACCAGAAGACCGUCGGCCCAAAGCAAACCCAUCACCCUACUGUGAUUUCUGUCUGGGUGAUGCAAGUGAAAACAAGAAAUCUGGAGCUCCUGAAGUGCUUGUAUCAUGUGCUGAUUGUGGACGCUCAGGGCACCCAUCGUGCUUGCAGUUUACUGCCAACAUGAUUAUUUCCUACCGAAAGUACAGGUGGCAAUGCAUUGAAUGUAAAUGCUGCUCUAUUUGUGGUAAUUCCGAUAAUGAUGAUCAAUUGCUGUUUUGUGAUGACUGUGAUCGCGGUUACCAUAUGUACUGUCUUUCACCGCCACUUACAUCUCCGCCCGAGGGCUCUUGGAGUUGUAGGUUGUGCUUGGCUGAAUUCCAUAACAAGUAGUGAGAUACCCAUCAAAAAAAUUAUUAUUGGAAAUUACUUAAGCAAUUUUGAUUUAUUACUGUACAAAGGAUAGGCAUCAUCUGGCUAACAUUAUAUCUCAUUUAAUCAUCUCCAAUACUGUUUUAAUAAUGCUCUGCAUAUAAGAGUACUUUUUCAUAUGAUUACCCAUCUCCGUGAGAAUUAAACAUUUUUUAACGGAAUCGGAAUCGACUGAACUCUACUUGUACUCUUCAUUGUCUUUUAACAUGUCUCUUAUGUUUCUGUGUAUUUGAUCAUCAGUAUUCACGAUGGGAACUGGCGUUGUGAUCAUUUUAUAAUGUAUUUGUAUUUGAAAUUUUGAUCUAGUAAUAUUGUCAUUUUUUAGGCAGCUUCUCAGUUUUUAAUUGUGUAUAAUAUAUGUUUCAUUUAUUACAACA